UUUGACAAAAGUCAAGUGUUUACCGAGAGAGGGACAAUAUUUUCGGAAGCAAUAUCAAAAUUUCAUUGCAAAAUUCAUAUUUCAUAUUCAAAUGACUAAGUAAAUCCACGGUAAAUUUAGAAAAGUCUAAUUCGUAGCUAUUUUAUAGAAAGGAUCAAAAUUUUUCAAAAUGCAUGACACUAUAGUACGUCUGGCUGACGUGUGGAAGACAUGCAACAAGAUCCGCGCGGCGGUGUUCCGCGUCGGGCUGGACCUUUGGGAGUGGUAUCGACCCUUGGACCCCGAGGGGAACUCGCUUAUCUCUGAGUCAAAGUUCGUGUCGGUGCUAGCGGGCCCACUGCGCUCAGUGGUGGGUCUAUCUGACGCCGAGAUCGCCCAGCUAGCAGACUACUUCAGGGCCCAGGAUGGUCGCGUACUAUACCAUCAGCUCUGCCAGAUAAUACACGGAGAAGAUGCCGGUGGUCGCGACAAGACAUCGGCUGACUGCAUUCUGGAGGCAUGCCCGCCUCCGCCAGAGCCCGAGUGCCACAAGCUGGACCAGUGGCAACUGCGUCGACUGUGCUGCCUGCUCGCCACCAUCGCCGAUAGGGAAUUGCCACUCAAGCCGUACUUUCAGGACUAUGAACUUGUAGCAAAAAACGACGGACGCAUAACGUUUGCGCACUUCGCCCGCAUCCUCAACUACAUCGGCGUUAUAGUGUCCCCCGAAGACUUCAACCUGUUGGUGCGCCGGUUUAUCAAGGACUCCUACACACUGGACUACGUAGACUUCCUUAAGGCCGUUGAGGCUGUUAAGAAGGAGGGUAUUCAAGGACUUGGACCGGACUACAAGAACCCCAACGCAGUAAUUGACACAACGCUACCGAAGUUCUCUCGUCCGGAGAUCGCGGCUGGCCUGUCCACCGCGCCGUUGGGUGCUACCGACGUAUUUCACCCAGUGUUAACCCCACCUAAACCCUCACGUCAGCUUAUAGACCUCAUGCUACGAGUGCAGCAGUUCGUCAUGCAGAGAAGCAUCAGGGUUUCCGAGUUUUUCAGGGACUACGAUCCUCUGAACAGCGGCCGUAUCGCGCCGCAGCAGUUCCGACGCGCCAUGGAUGCGAUGGGAUUGGGUACAACCCUAUCGCCCUCUGAGGUGCUGUGCGUGCUGCGACACUACCUCGACCCCAACGACAACGACCGCGUCUGCUGGCGGACCUUCGAGGAUGAUUGUGAUCAGGUGUUCACAAUAAAAGAGCUAGAGAAGCACCCGGAGGUGUCGGCGGGAAGCGCCGCAGAGGCGGUGGCCGCCCUGCCGCCGGUGGGCUCGGCCGAGGACCGCGGGGAGGGCGCGCACCAUCAGGAUUUGGCCGAAGCUGCGCUGCUGCGCGUGCGGGCGGCCUGCAAGGAGCGCUCCAUUGACUUGAGACCUGCUUUUUCUGAUCACGAUGAGCACAACAAUGGCCACGUAUCCCGCGCGCAAGUGCGUCGCGUGCUGGCGCGGCUGGGCGUGCUGCCGGCCGCGGCGCUGGUGCGCGCGCUCGAGGACCGCUACCUCGACGACCUCGGCUUCAGCUACGUGCGGUUGCUUGACGAGUUGGAAGAGCGCCCGGUGGAGAGCGCUACCAUCGCCGGUCCCUCCACGGCACCAAAGCCGCCGCGCGUCACCACCGUGGAUCCGCUGCAGACUGAUAUCGUACAGAUACUCGCCAAAAUCAAGGGCAAGAUGGUUCGUGAAGGUCUGCGUCCCCGCGAGUUCCUGAAGCAGUUCGACCCUCGCAACGAGCUGGUGAUCCCGCGCGCGGACUUCUACCGCGGCCUCGCCAGCGCCAAACUUGCGCUUUCACCGCUAGAGAUGGACACGCUCAUGGAAGUGUUCUCUGCGCCGGGACGGCGGCGCCUUAUCGAGUACGAGCGAUUUUGCUCGACAGUGGGAGAGGCGCUGACGCAAGGCGGGCUGGAGCGUGCGCCCCUCCUGGAGCCUGUGCCGCACGUGCCCACGCUCGACACGCCGCUCAACUUCCUCAACUUUGAAGAGCGCAGCAUCGUGUCCGGCGCUUUGCAAAAGUUAUCGAAAUACCCUGACCAACUAUCCAAUAUUUUGGAAGUGUUUCAGGACAUGGACAAGGAGCGUUGCGGCACGAUCCCGCGGGUGUCGGCGGAGCGCGCGCUGUGCCAGCGGGGACUGCUGGCGCUGGUGUCGGCGCGCGAGCGAGAUCUGCUCUACAAGUGCUUCGGCUACCGGCGCGGCUGCGGAGACGAGGUAAACUACCGCGCGCUGUGCAAGGCACUGGACAUCCUGUUUGCCACUGCAAGCGCGCAGCCCUGCUAGCAGCUUCCAGUCUUUCGGCACUAUGUAUCGCCCUGUAUAGUCCAGUAUUCGUGCAACAUAAAUCCAUAAUAGCCAGUAAAAUUUUUAGCAUAUA